AUGUUGAACGAUAGUUAUGUAGAACAAAUUGCCAUGGGUAAUGGUUUUUUGAAUAAACUUAUACAAAUAUCUUUUCCAUAUAUCAUCAUUGUUUCUGUUAUUGGUAUUUGUGGAAAUUUUCUUACAAUAGUUAUGCUUUCAACAAAAUCUCUUUCGAAAAACUUUAACAAUUGUACAUUGAUUGCCCUUGCUCUUACUGAUCUUGUUUUUAAUUUUACACUUGUUUCUCGAUGUAUUAAUGAUUUAACACGAUCAAAUAAUGAACAACUUUGUCGUUUAUUAUCAUUUCUUUCUCAUUUAGCUGAAUUAUUAUCAGCUUGUUUUACAGCUCAAUUUACUGCUCAACGUUUUAUAGCUGUUCGAUUUCCUUUAAGUGUAUUUAUUGAAAAAAGAAUUCAUCUUAUACAUUAUUUAAUUGUUACAUUAUUUAUUAUUUUUGGUAUAAGUUAUUGUUUACUUUUAGUUAAAACUAAUGCAUAUGAUAAUUGCCAUGAAGAAUUAGAGUUAAAUUGGUUUAUAUCAGAUGCAUUAUUAUCAUUUCUUAUACCAUUUACAAUAAUAAUAAUAUUAAAUAUAUUAAUUAUAUUUUAUUUAAAAAAACGUUUUCAAAAUAAUCAACAAUAUCGUUUUACGAAACGACAACAACAAUCCGAAAUGAUACCAUUAGAUAUUCUAAAAGUAUCUUCAUCAAGAUAUGAAAUAACAGUCAAUACAAAGUUUCAACCAAAUAUUUAUGACAAUAUUAACAUAUCAAACUCUAGGAGUUCAAAUCUACAAAAUCAGUCACAUACUGAUUUACCCACAAUGCAUGGACGCGUUCGGUCCCUAGAGUUAUUACAUCGUUCACCAACUGUAUGUUUUAAAAGUCAAUCAUAUCGUGUGACACGUAUGCUCAUUCUCGUGUCAACAUGUUUUCUUUUAUUUAAUGCACCAGCACAUAUAUGCACAAUAGGUUUAAAAAUCUAUACACUUAAACAAACAAUAUUUAUCAAUGAUGUAAAUGAAACAGUUACUAAUUUAAAUGAUAAUUUCAAACAAUAUAAUGAAACAUCAUCAACAUUAUCAAAUAAUAUUGAUUUUAGUCAUACGACUAAAGAUACAUCAGAACAAAAUGAUACGAUUAAUCAUUUAAAAUGGAUGAAAUUAUUUUAUAUUAUGACUAUUAUAACACAGCAUAUAUCAUAUACAUCAUAUUCAAUAAAUUUUUUUCUUUAUUCAUUUUGUGGAAUGAAAUUUCGUCGUGAACUUCUAAAAUGUAUGUUAACACAACGUCGACAGCUACCAACAACUCGUUCAGUAACUCUGUAG